AAUUUCAUCACCAAAGGCGCGUGAGUAUUGGUGUUCAUGCCAGCAGUAAGAACUGGAGAAUAAGGCGGGAAGAUUAAUUGUACGGGGUAGAAUCUGUUUGCUUAAUUUACAAAGCUGAAUUUAGAGGAGAAGCAAGGGGUUCAAUUAGGGUUUCCAAACAAUUGUUUUUGUUUGGUGCCAAAUUGCUCUAAUUUAUUGGAUUCUAUCUUGAUUUGGCAUCAUUAAUGGGAGUUUUAGUUGAUAAUUUUGAGGGUAGAUUUUUAAGAGUGGAGGUAACAAUUAGGACUUGAAGUUUUGGUGAUAUUUUGGAAUUUUUGAUGGGGAAUACAUGUGUAGGACCAAAUCUUAGCCCUAAUGGAUUCUUACAAUCUGUUACUGCUGCCGUUUGGAGAACGCGGCCACCCGAGGAUAGGUUACCACCUCCAUCUAAAGAAGAUCAAACCAGCAAGAAAAGUGAUGAAUCAAAGAAAUCGGAAGAAAGUUCGAAGAAAGGAUCAAACCAUGCCCCGGUUCAAGAUACGCCACCUGAAAUGGUUAAGAUUACUGAUACACCACCACCACCACCUAAAGUUAUAGAACAUGAGAAAUCAAUUAAGCCGGAGAUGAGGGAAGUGGGUGUUAAGGUUGGUGAUCAAGAGCAAAAACCCAAGAAACCGAAUCAUUUUAAGAAAGUGUCUGGUGCAGGGCUGCAAAUGGAUUCUGUUUUAGGUCGGGAAACAGGGAAUUUGAAGGAGAUUUAUAGCUUAGGGAGGAAACUAGGACAAGGGCAAUUCGGUACUACUUUUCUUUGUAUUGAGAAAGCUACUGGGAAAGAUUUUGCUUGUAAAUCUAUUGCAAAAAGGAAGUUGGCGAAUCAGGAGGAUGUAGAUGACGUGAGGAGAGAAAUUCAGAUAAUGCAUCAUUUGGAAGGUCAUCCUAAUGUUAUAAAGAUCGUUGAUGCUUAUGAAGACACUGUUGCAGUGCAUGUUGUUAUGGAACUUUGUGCUGGUGGUGAACUUUUUGAUAGGAUUAUUCAGAGAGGGCAUUAUACAGAAAGAAAGGCUGCUGAGCUUGCAAGAGUGAUAGUCGGUGUUGUGCAAGCAUGCCAUUCUUUAGGUGUUAUGCAUAGGGACUUGAAGCCUGAGAAUUUUCUGUUUGUUGAUCACGAAGAAGAGGCAGCUCUUAAAACAAUAGAUUUUGGGCUUUCAGUAUUCUUCAAGCCAGGAGAAACAUUUCCUGAUGUAGUCGGAAGUCCAUACUAUGUAGCCCCAGAAGUAUUGAAGAAACAUUAUGGUCCAGAAUGUGAUGUUUGGAGUGCUGGAGUUAUCAUUUAUAUUUUAUUGAGUGGUGUCCCCCCAUUCUGGGAUGAAACGGAACAAGGAAUAUUUGAGCAGGUUUUGAAAGGUGAAUUAGAUUUCGUAUCAGAACCUUGGCCUAAUAUAUCCGAAAGUGCAAAAGAUUUAGUCAGAAAAAUGCUUGUAAGGGACCCUAAGAAGCGGCUAACGGCCCAUGAAGUUCUAUGCCAUCCUUGGGUUCAGGUGGAUGGUCUUGCUCCUGAUAGACCUCUUGAUUCAGCUGUUCUUAGUCGCUUGAAGCACUUUUCAGCAAUGAACAAGCUCAAGAGACUUGUUAUUAGAGUCAUUGCUGAAAGCCUGUCUGAAGAGGAAAUUGCAGGACUUAAAGAAAUGUUCAAGAUGAUAGACACAGAUGCAAGCGGACAGAUUACAGUUGAAGAACUGAAGACUGGUUUGGAAAGAGUGGGAGCUACUCUCAAGGAUUCAGAAAUUGACGACUUGAUGCAAGCAGCAGAUAUUGACAACGAUGGAGCCAUUUGUUAUGGGGAAUUCAUAGCAGCGAUGCUCAAUUUAAACAAGAUUGUCAAGGAUAAUCAUUUGUUAGCUGCCUUCUCAUACUUCGAUAAAGACGGGAGUGGAUACAUCACUCAAGAUGAACUUGAACAUGCAUGUGAUCAGUUUGGCUUAGGCGAUAUCCACGUGGGAGAACUAAUACGUGAAGUCGACCAGGACAAUGAUGGACGAAUUGAUUUCGACGAAUUUGUGGCUAUGAUGAAAGAUACAGGCUGGUCAGAACGGAGAUCAAAAUCGUAAGUUGUAUUGGAUAAAAGCAUUAGUAAGUACAUGACCCGGUGCCGACAACAGAAUCUAUUGUUAGUAUUGUAGCUUCUAACUAGCAUUUUGAUGUCAAAGUUUAGCAGAUUUUGAACUCCAUUGUAAAGAUCUUGCAGCCCUUCGGAGGGGGUGAUAGAGUGCAUGUUCUAUUCUUUUUAGUUCUUUUUUUUUUGAUUUAUUUAUUCUUGUAUUGAGUCUAUCAAGUUCGAUUAGAUUGAAGUUUUCUAAGUGGAAAGCAUCAUUGUUCAUAAUCAACCUAUUUUUUGUUAAAAUAAUGAACAUUAAAUGCUGUUAUGUGAUA